UACUGGAGGUCAGACUGAGCCCCAAGCAGCCACCGCCACUCCUCGCCAAGUCGCCAUGGCCAUGUUGGGUUCGUUUGGUUUCACGGAGGAGCAGGUAGCGUGCGUGUGCGAGGUAUUGCAACAGAGAGGCAGCGUGGAGAGGCUGGGGCGCUUCCUCUGGUCGCUGCCGGCCUGCGACCACCUGCACAAGAAUGAGAGCGUGCUGAAGGCCAAGGCUGCAGUAGCCUUCCACCGCGGCAACUUUAGAGACCUCUACAAGAUCUUGGAGAGCUGCCACUUCUCAGCGCACAGCCACCCCAAGUUGCAGCAGCUGUGGCUCAGGGCUCACUACAGCGAGGCUGAGAAGCUGCGGGGACGGCCACUGGGCGCGGUGGGCAAGUACAGGGUACGCAGAAAGUUCCCAUUGCCCCGCACUAUCUGGGAUGGAGAGGAAACCAGCUACUGCUUCAAGGAGAAGUCCCGGGGUGUUUUGCGAGACUGGUACCUGCACAACCCGUACCCGUCCCCGCGGGAGAAGAGGGAGUUGGCUGAGGCGACGGGACUCACCACCACGCAGGUCAGCAACUGGUUCAAGAACCGAAGACAGAGGGACCGAGCGGCCGAGACCAAGGACAGAGAGAACGCGGAGAACUCGAGCCCGCGGGCCGGGCCGCCCCACCUGCCGCUGCCUAGCGCCGGGCUCCUCCUCAGCAGCUCGGACGAAGAGGAGGCGCUGGCCGAGCUGAGCCCCGACCCGAGGGACGUCACCCCCGGGGCUCUCUACCCCCCCGGCCUGGCCCUCCAGCACACUCGCUUCCUGCAGGACUCCCUCCUCGGCACCCUCACCUCCAGCCUCGUCGACCUGGGCUCCUGAGGGCGCUGGGAGGCG